CUCCCCUUCCUUCAUUUACGACGAAAAUAAGUAACACCAUCCCUUCGCACACGUCGCUCCUCCACUGCCUCCGUCUACCCGGUGCACAUACCACCACGUACACCACUACCAGAUACACCGCCGCCGUAUUGAAAUCUUCCCCUCAUACGGCGUCUCUAUCCUGCGCGGUCGCACCAGUUACGACUUACGAGGGUUGUGGGAUCAUGGCGAGGUCAUUAUCUAGUAUGCUGUUGAGGAACAUGACUAAUUUUUCUGCUGCUCGUAUGAGCACCCAAGUAUCUGGGUUGUCCUACCAGAACGCAAUGAAGUAUUCAACUACUCCAUCAAACGAUCCUGACACACAUGAUGAUUUUAGGCCAACCAGUAAGGUCAAGAGUGAUCUUUCUGUCAAAGAUAUUGUUGAGCAGGAUGUGAAGGAAAAUCCAGUUAUGAUGUAUAUAAAGGGGAUUCCCGAAAUGCCUAGAUGUGGUUUCAGCUCUCUUGCAGUGAGGGUACUCAAGGAGUAUCGUGUUCCUAUUAGUUCGAGAAAUAUUUUGGAAGACUUGGAGUUGAAGGAUGCUGUCAAAGCCUACAGCCACUGGCCUACCUUUCCGCAGAUCUUUAUAAACGGAGAAUUUAUUGGAGGAUCGGAUAUUAUCCUCAAUAUGCACCAGACUGGUGAAUUGGAGAAAAAGCUCAAAGAAAUUGUUCCUAGCCAGAAGAAACCAGAAUGAGUAUGUAGCUGCUUGAUUCAAGCUCAAAUAUGAAACGAAGGAUUGUUUUUUUUGUUUUCUUUCUUUUUCGAGGUGACUUUAGAAGCGGAGUAUGUGUAAUAUUAAUUCUGUUUUUGCGUUGAAAGAUGAGUAGAUCCUAGUCGAACAAUUUGCAAAUAGCAAUCAAUUAGUUUACUUGAAUAAUGGGAAGCAAAGUGAAUUAUAGGCAUCCCAAUCUACAUACAUAAUGGAAAGUUCCAUUUUCUUUUGUGUUAUGAA